AUGACCCGAAACAUAUCGGCUGAAGGUCGCACUCGGGCGGGAACGGACCCACAGAUGGUGGCGAGGAGGAGCACGAGGAGGAGGAGGAGGGAGGGGAGCAGGAUGGUGGUGAGGAGGAGUAGGAGGAGGAGGAGGAGGAGGAGGAGGAGGAGGAGGAGGAGGAGGAAGAGGAGGGCGUGGAGGAGGAGGAGGAGGAGGGCGUGCAUGAGGACGACGACGUGA